AUGACAAUGGAGCCACCUUCGGCUGCAGUGCAAGGGGGACAGGAAACGGGUGAGUUCGAAUCGGACCUUCAUGUGCUGGCACUCCAACAGGACCACGACACUACUGAAGUGNGCUGUAAGGCAGGUACUGAAUGUUCCUUUGCGCAUGUCCCAACAUCUGAGCCAACAACUUCUGGGACCAAACCUCGAACCCCCAAGCAGAAAGCUGGAAAAAUAGAUGGCAGUGAUGCUGCUACUCCCAAACGUCAAUAUGAAGCUCGGGUUGACCGUUCCAAAGUGGUCAGUAGGCCAACCNCCAAGACAGAGCAGGAGGACCCACGGGUAUUCCAGAUGGGUCAACUUCGUCGUCGCUUUGCUCCCACAGAAGAAUCUCUUCCGGAUGCCACCCUUCUCAAGUUGAAACUUGCUCCCAGCGAUCCUGACUUUCCGUUCGAUCUUCCCUUCCUGGAGUGCUCUCUCACUAUACCAUUGUCGUAUCCGGGAGCCAAGCCAAGUUUGCGUAUAACCAACUCAGAGAUGCCACGCGGGUUUCAGCUCAAUGUCGAACGUGGAUUCGACCAAAUCGUCGCUGGUUCACCAAACGCGACGCUUCUCGGAGUAUUCAAUCGUCUGGACAAGCAACUCCAAAUCUUGCUUUCCGGCGACAAGGCGGAUACAGUGAAGAUCGUACGGAAUGCACCAAGAGUUGAACCUCAAACAAAACUUCCUCCUGCUACUCAGACACCCAAACCGCAGCAGGCAGUGACUUCUCGCAGUGUAGAAGCCACUCCAUCUUUCACCGCCGAACAAAAGCUACAGGCAGAAAAGAAGCGUCAGUCCGAUAUCAGACAGCUUGUGACUAGAUUGGGCCGACUACCAGGCUUCAUACAGUCUUCGGACGAUAUCUCAUUCACUAUCCCGUUUCAACCUACAAAGAAGAUGAUGUUACCGGAAGCUCUGCGGAACCAAAAAUCGGUUCGUCUAGUUGUGCCUCAGCUUUACAACUUACAUCUGCCUCGAAUUGAAGUCAACGGCAACCACGAUCCUGCAGCAAGAGUCCUUGAAGAGUCGUUCCAACAAAGAGCCCGAGGUGAGACUGGACUGAACUUACUUGCACAUAUCAACUACCUUACUCAGCAUGCACACACCAUGUCCGUUGUCAGGGAGUCACCCAGCGUAUCCGAGGUUCAAGAGACGCCUCAAGAAGUAUCCAAAGCAGAUACCAUUGUCCCUGUUUCGGCUCAAUCGAGCGGUGCUGUCGCAGACCAAGAUUCUGACAAAGCUCAUAUUCAUGUUAUUCCAAGACCUCCAGAAUGGAACACCGACGGUCCAGAUGGUUGGAGCAGUGACGGUUCUUACUCGUACGACAGUGGAGAUGAAACAGAAGAGGAGGACAGUGAGCAACCAGAGCAACCACCUGCCAGUACGUCAGGACUCGCGGAAAGAGGCAUUAUGUUAUCGUUCCCCAAUCUAGAGUUGUACGGCUGUGAGCUCCUGGAGCUCAUCUCACUGAGUAUCACAGUCAAGUGCGAGCGUUGCAAAGACUUGCUUGACGUCCAGCGUCUGAGAAACAAUACCAAGGGAGAUGUGACUGGGAUGCGCGACGAAAUCUGCAAGAAAUGUGCCAACAGUCUCGCAAUUGGAUUCCGAGCGGACCUGAUCCAUCAAAACUCUGUGAGAGCUGGAUAUCUGGAUCUUGACGGUUGUACAGUAGUUGACAUGCUUCCAAGGCAAGUUCCCCGCGUGACACGAGUGGCACAACNUCCGAGCAAGCCGUGCUCCUGUACGCAGAAAGGUCAAAGAAAGCUUGGGUAUAACUGCCGGACAGGAGUUACCAAGACGUGGCCGUUGCACGCACUAUGCAAAAUCGUACCGAUGGUUCAGGUAUGUCUCUUCUGGCACAUCAAUCUCUGGAUCAUGCUGACACCCAACGCNNAGAUUCUCAUGCUGCAGCAAGGUUUACCCUUGCGAUNNAGAUGCCAUGACGAGAUGGAGAGCCAUCCAAACGAACACGCUAAUCGCAUGAUCUGUGGCUAUUGUUCGAGAGAACAGAACUAUAGACCGGUUCGUGCCUGGGACUUUUCCCAUACAAGAAACAUGCUAACUGUACGCUUCCCCUUUAGGNACGACUGCCACUUCUGCCGCUCCAGCCUCAUUGCGAGGAUAGGUCAUGGGUUCUGGGAAGGAGGCAAAGGUAAGAUGAAAUCCUUCACUAUCUUCCAUCAUCAUGUCCUUGAUUCACGCAUCAACUAUUCCCCUCACCAAUCGUACUCGGGACAAGACUCGGAUGAGCAGAAAAGGCAA